CUAAACCCUGUACCUCCCUUCAGAAUUUGAUUUGAUCGGCGUAAGUGGGUUCCAGCACAGCUUUAAAUACAAAAGACGUUUCCCUCUUCACUAUUCUACCGGGCACGUUGCAAGAGGGCGAAGGAGAAAUCUUGAGAUCAUUGCUGUGCUUUCCUUUUCUACUGUUUCUUUACAUUCUGUUUCGUUCCGAACCCUAGAAAAUGCUUCCUCUAUCUCUACUAAAGACGGCACAAGGCCACCCUAUGUUGGUAGAACUGAAAAACGGGGAGACAUACAAUGGACAUUUGGUGAACUGCGACACUUGGAUGAACAUCCAUCUGCGUGAAGUUAUAUGUACCUCAAAGGACGGAGAUAGGUUUUGGAGAAUGCCUGAAUGCUACAUUCGUGGUAAUACAAUCAAGUAUCUUAGAGUUCCAGAUGAGGUUAUUGAUAAGGUUCAAGAAGACAGGAAUCGUUCAGAUAGGAGACCACCUGGAGUGGGGCGUGGGAGAGGAAGAGGAGGAGGUCAUGGUCAUGGCCCAGAUGAUGCAAGUGGUAGAGGAGGACGUGGCGGCAGGGGUGGUGGCAGGACUGGUGGGCCCGCCAGAGGUGGAGGCCGUGGACGGUAGUAGCAAAGAGAGAGAGAGAGAGAGAGAGAGAGAGAGAGAGAGAGUAUGUGUAUUAUUGGUGUUUUGCUGCUUUGGCCACUUUUAAAAGGCAUACUAUCUAUUACAUCAUCUGCCCUUUAUUUUUGUUUCUAUCAACAUCCUAUAGAUAGCACUUUGCAGCAGCAUGGUCUCUUCUUAGUUGAAUUAUGUUUAAAUUCAGAAAACAAUAUUGAUUGCUACUUGUA